AUGUUGAGUAUAUUUUAAGUCUUAAAGAAUGGAAUUUGUACACAAAAAAAGAAAAAAGUAGUUGUAGAAUAAAAGAUAGAAGCACCAGAGUCAGAAUAAGAAUCUGAAGAAUAACCAAAAGUGGUUGAACAUGAUUUAAAAAGAGCAAGAAGGAAAGAAAGCUUAGAUCAAAUAGAAGAAGAAAUGACCAAAAGGAGAACAUAGGAGAUUUAGCAUAGAAACACUCUACUCAAGAAGUUGAGAAUUAAAAUAAGUGGGGAUAAUAUAAAUGCCCCUAUUCUAACCAAUUUUGCAAAGAUGAAGAAUUAUCUCAAUUAAGAUUUAAUGAAUCAACUAACUAAAUCUGGUUAUUAAAAACCAACUCCAAUCUAAAUGGUUGCUAUUCCAAUCAUUCUUCAAAAGAAGAAUCUGAUUGCUAUAGCUCCUACGGGAUCUGGAAAGACUUGUGCAUUUGCCUUGCCUACUUUGUAAAAUUUAGAAAAUCACAAAGAAGGAGGUCCAAGAUGUUUAGUAUUUGCCCCUGCUUAAGAAUUAGCUGAUUAAUUAUACAAAGAAUUUAAUAAGUUUAAUAAGGAAUUAAAGAUUAAACAAAUUCAAGAAAUGAACAGAGAAAAAUAAGCUUUUAAAUAAGCAUGGAAUCAUAUUGAUAUCCUUAUUAGUUCUCCACUCAAGUUUCUAAAAUUGCAUAAAGUAGUAGACUUAAGUACUGUAGAAUAUGUAAUUAUGGAUGAAGCUGAUAAAUAUUUCGAAUUAGGAUUGCUAGCAUAAGUAAAACAAUUGUUAAGGAUAUUGGAAUCGUUAUAAAUCACUUACAUGUUCUUCAGUGCUACAUUACCAGAACCAGUUGAAGAUAUUUAUAGAGAAUUGCUAAUAGACCCAAUCAAAAUUAUGAUAGGAGGAAGAAAUCAUGUUCUAAGCAGAAUAGAUUAACAAUUGAGAUAUGUAUCAAAUGAAUAUGGAAAAAUAUAAGAAAUAAGGAAUUUGAUUAAUGAAGGCUAAAUGACUCCACCUGUUUUAGUGUUCGUUCAAUCCAAAACAAGAGCUGAAGCCUUGAUGUAUGAAAUAGAACAGUUGAAAGUAAUAAGAGUGAAUUGUAUUCAUGGAGAUAUGGAGAGUAAGACAAGACAAGAAAUUGUUGAGUAAUUUCAUAAGGGUACAAUUUGGAUGCUUAUUUGUACUGAUAUGAUGGCUAGAGGAAUAGAUUUUAAAGAUGUGUAAUUAGUUAUUAAUUAUGAUUUUCCAUAAUCAAUGAUUACUUAUGUACAUAGAGUGGGCAGAACAGGAAGAGCAGGUAAAUAAGGGAAGGCCAUUACACUAUUUACAGACGACGAUAAAUCUAUGUUACGAUCAUUGGCCAAUGUGUUAAAGGUAUCAGGUUGUUAAGUGCCUGAAUGGUUAUUCCAAUUACCAAUUGCCAAAAAAGAACUUAAAAAAAAGAGAGAACGUUUCCCUGUUAAAAGAGAAAAUAUCGAAGAUUAAUGA